GCCCAGUUCAAUCUGCUCAGCAGCACCAUGGACCAGAUGGGCAGCCGUGCGGCCCCGGCCAGCCCCUACACCCCGGAGCACGCCGCCAGCGUGCCCACCCACUCGCCCUACGCCCAGCCCAGCUCCACCUUCGACACCAUGUCCCCGGCGCCUGUCAUCCCCUCCAACACAGACUACCCCGGCCCCCACCACUUCGAGGUCACAUUCCAGCAGUCGAGCACGGCCAAGUCGGCCACCUGGACGUACUCCCCGCUGCUGAAGAAGCUCUACUGCCAGAUCGCCAAGACGUGCCCCAUCCAGGUCAAGGUGUCCACCCCGCCGCCCCCGGGCACCGCCAUCCGCGCCAUGCCUGUUUACAAGAAGGCGGAGCAUGUGACCGACAUCGUGAAGCGCUGCCCCAACCACGAGCUCGGGAGGGACUUCAAUGAAGGACAGUCUGCCCCGGCCAGCCACCUCAUCCGCGUGGAAGGCAACAACCUCUCGCAGUACGUGGACGACCCCGUCACCGGCAGGCAGAGCGUCGUGGUGCCCUACGAGCCCCCACAGGUGGGGACGGAAUUCACCACCAUCCUGUACAACUUCAUGUGCAACAGCAGCUGCGUGGGGGGCAUGAAUCGGCGGCCCAUCCUCAUCAUCAUCACCCUGGAGACCCGGGACGGACAGGUGCUGGGCCGCCGGUCCUUCGAGGGCCGCAUCUGCGCCUGUCCUGGCCGAGACCGCAAAGCCGACGAGGACCACUUCCGCGAGCAGCAGGCCCUGAACGAGAGCUCCGCGAAGAACAGCGCCGCCAGCAAGCGUGCUUUCAAGCAGAGCCCCCCAGCUGUCCCCGCCCUGGGCACCGGCGUGAAGAAGAGGCGGCACGGGGACGAGGACACGUACCACCUGCAUGUGCGAGGCCGAGAGAACUUUGAGAUCCUGAUGAAGCUCAAGGAGAGCCUGGAGCUGAUGGAGCUGGUGCCGCAGCCGCUGCUCGACUCCUACCGGCAGCAGCAGCAGCUCCUGCAGAGGCCGAGCCACCUGCAGCCUCCGUCCUACGGGCCGGUGCUGUCGCCCAUGAACAAGGUGCACGGGGCCAUCAACAAGCUGCCCUCCGUCAACCAGCUGGUGGGCCAGCCCUCUUCUCACAGCUCAGCGGCCGGGCCCAGCCUGGGGCCCGUGGGCCCUGGGGUGCUCAGCAACCACAGCCACGCCCUGCCGGCCAACGGCGAGGCCAGCGGCGGCCACGGCGCCCAGCCCAUGGUCUCAGGGUCCCACUGCACUCCGCCACCCCCCUACCACGCCGACCCCAGCCUCGUCAGUUUUUUAACAGGAUUGGGGUGCCCCAACUGCAUCGAGUAUUUCACCUCCCAGGGGUUACAGAACAUUUACCACCUGCAGAACCUAACGAUCGAGGACCUGGGGGCCCUGAAGAUCCCCGACCAGUACCGCAUGACCAUCUGGCGAGGCCUGCAGGACCUGAAGCAGGGCCACGACUACGGCCAGCAGCUGCUGCGCUCCAGCAGCAACGCGGCGGCCACCCUCUCCAUCGGCGGCGCCGGGGAGCUGCAGCGGCAGCGCGUCAUGGAGGCCGUGCACUUCCGCGUGCGCCACACCAUCACCAUCCCCAACCGCGCGGGCGCGGGCGCGGGCGCGGGCCCCGACGAGUGGGCCGACUUCGGCUUCGACCUGCCGGACUGCAAGUCGCGCAAGCAGCCCAUCAAGGAGGAGCUGUCGGAGGGCGAGAUCCACUGAGGCCGCCGCGCCCUCCUCCUCCUC